UCCAUCUCUUUUCCUCCGUCCAAUUCAUCCAGAGAGAAAAAUCAUGUCCGAAACUUCUCAGUUGCAUCCUGUUUUCAGUAAUGGCGGCCUCACUUAAUCCAAAACCCUAAACCCUCUACUUAGAAAAUUCCCACUCCUCAAUUUUCCCGAGAAAAUUCAAAUGGCCUCUAAACUCGCUCUCCGAUUCAGAUCCCAUCUCCUCCGCACCACCUCACUCUUCCACCGACAACAACUAUUUAAACCCCCGCCGCCGCCGUCGCUCCUUGCUUCGCUACCGGAAGCCCUUUCAACCCGCCAAUACUUCGCCCUCUCCGGCCACCGCUUUCUCUCCACAGCUCGCCGCCAGCCGCCGCGAUCCAAGAAACACGUGGACAUCGGCGCGCGAGCCCGGCAGCUCCAGAACCGCCGCCUCUGGACCUACGCGCUAACCUUCGGGUGCGUGGCGGGGUUCAUCGUAGUCGUGCUCAACAACUUCCAGGACCAGUUGGUGUUCUACGUUACCCCAACCGACAUGCUCGAGAAGCACCGCAGCAACCCUUCCAAGGCGAAGUUCCGGUUAGGGGGUCUCGUCCUUGAGGGGAGCGUGGUGUACCCUUCUUCUUCCCCUGGUGUGGAAUUCGUGGUCACCGAUUUGAUCACCGAUAUCGUGGUCCGGCAUGAGGGUUCUCUGCCGGAUUUGUUCAGGGAAGGGCACUCGGUGGUUGUUGAAGGGUUUGUGAAGCCUUUCACGGUGGAGAUCAAGAAUGAAGUGUCGGCGAAGAGCGUCGCCGCGAAGGCUAGGACUGGAGAGUGUUAUUUUGCGGCUACUGAGGUUCUUGCUAAGCAUGAUGAGAAGUAUAUGCCUAAAGAGGUUGCUGCGGCGAUUGAGAAGAAUAAGAAGAUUAUUGAGGAGGCUGCCGGUGAGUCAGUGGAGGAAACAACCGCCUCUUAGAUGGACUGGUACCACCCCAACUUUGAAUUUUGAUUUAGCAUUUUUUGGGGGAUUAUAUUACAGUGUUAUGAUUAUUUUUGGAGGGAUUUGGAAUAUUUAACUAUAGGCUGAGAAAUUUUUGUGGUAAUAAUUAGGAUGAAUUGAAUACAUUGGUAUAGGAGAAUGAGGAUAAUGGAAAUGGACAAAUUUGAUUGUUUAUGAGGCAACUAUGUCUUGUUGUUGUAAUGCAUUAUUGAGCAGUGAUGUUUCUGAAUAAAUAUUUACAGGGUUCUAACAGAAUGGUGAUUUGGUUUUUAUUUCAUAUUUUAUCCUCAAAAUACUGUUAGGUUUGUCUUGCCAAUACAAUUUAGGUAGAUUGCAUACACUUUGAGAAGGAGAUAUUUUGUGCUGGAAUUAGGUUUAUACUCUUGCCCUCUAGCUUGAUAUGGUAAUCUCGUUGAGCCUGUUUUGUUGAUGAUUUGAACUCUUAAGUCUCACCUGUUACUGGUACCGUGUUGUCUCAGAAGUUCAUCUGAUUCUGCAUUUACAAUAAGAUUGUGUUUCAAGCCACCUUUCAUAGCAAAACUGAAGUUAGUGUGAUGUUUUGUUUUGUAUCAUUAGGUUAAUUACUUGCUAUAAUGUUUGAAGCGCGAAAUUCCAGAGUAUCUAGGUACAUAAACCAAGGUUGUAGACUUGUAGGGCCUUGAACUUAAUUUGAUGAUUAUAAUCUGCUGCAAUUUGGAAACUAGAGUCUUUUUUUUUUCUAGUGAAAUUUGGAAUCCAAUGAUAAGACACAUGUAAGGUUUAUGAGCUAUGACAGUUUAUGGGCAAGAGACUGAGUUCAGUUUUGCAGCACUUAGGGUUUAGUGGGGAGAAUAUCGAGAUUUUCAUUGUAGGAUCCUGGUUGUUUCAAGAGUAUAUACAGUGUACAAGGCACUCAAGUUGGGUACUUGGGCUGUGCAUAACCUUCUUUGUAAGUGGGAAAAACAGAGGAGGUGUGGGGUUUAAGAGAUAUAACUGUGACCAAGCAUUUGAGAAACAUUCAGUUGAGAUGUACUACCACAUUAUUUUGAUUUUCCAACUUUUAUUUAAAAUGACUGCUAACUAUGAUAAAAGAGAGUAAGCGGUCUAAAAGAUUUGGUCACGAGUCACGACUCAGGAAUGAUUGAGAACAACCCUGAAACACUGCAGUUGGCUUUAAAGAGUUCUGCUAAUGACAGCAGAAUGUGUAUGGAUGAUCUAAGAAGCACUGAUACUUUAAUAUGGGUUUCAUUUAAAUGAUCCAUGCUAUGAUGUAGAUACCUUUGGGAUACUUUUUGAUACUUUUACCCUGCUAGACUCUCUUAUACUCACUUUUUAGAUAUUCAUCAGCUCAUUUCUCUCUCCCUCUCUGUAUUGUCCUUCCCCAAAUGGGAAGUGAGCAUUCUUUUGUACUCUUUCUUCCCUCACAGAAAGUCAAAUAGUGUCUAGAGUUAAAGGAGCACAAGCUCAUCACAACUGUGGCAGCAUUUCCUAAGUCUUCUUUUGGUUGGUUUGCAAUUAAUAUUACUAUUUGCUUGUGUUAUGUGUCAAAUUAGUAGAUUCUGGCUUGUUGUUAGUGCUGGACCCUCAGCAAAUGAAUGGAUGAACCCGGAUACUUUGGGUGGGAAUUUUCAAUUCUUCAAUCAUGAGUUAAAUCCUUUUCUGUUUGUAUCCAAUGGAUUUUUGUCUAAGAUUAGGGGGUCCGGGUCCUCUAAAGUAAGAGAGUCACUUUAGAGGGUAAAGUAAAUCAUCUUCGUCAUUGAUUGAGUUGCUUCAUUGACUUUUUAAAGUAGGUAGUCAUUAUUAAUGGUUGUGAUGCUUUAAUUUACCCUCUAAAGUGAAUGAGAGGAGCCAAACCCAAGAUUAGGAUAACAGUGGAAAUAUGCUUGGGAGUGGUGGUGGUGGUUGUUGUUAAGAUCAGGAUUGUAAGUACUUUUUUACAAUGGUUGGAAACCGGGAGAUAUGGUUUCUAAGUUCCUUUUUCAUUGUCUUUUCCAUGGCAACUACUAUACUUUUGUGCAUAGAAGGUUGUGACAUAUUCAGCUAGAGUGACAAGUAGCAAUACUGACAUUUGAGUACAGAAUUUCAAUUUCUGUAAUAUUAACCAGAUUUAGGUUUAAACAUUAUUCUAGUUUUGGUUAAUAUUCUAGUUUUGGUUAACUAGACUUUAGAAAUCAUCAUUCUGGAACUGGGUUUGCUUUUUGUUAUCUUUUGGACAAGUAAUGUAGAUAGCAAUGCAGUUUAUAUACUUAUGUCAUGUUGAAUGUGCUCAGAAGAGUAAUAACUCAUUAACUCGUGCUGUUGAGGCAAAGGAUAUAUGACAAUGAGUUAUAUGCAUUAGCCGGUGAUAAAUUCACAUCUAAGAAUCUCGGUGAUAAUUAUUGGUCCUAGCGCUUAAUUGAUAAUGUAUUAGAAUUGAUUUUUAAAAAUCCUUCUAAAAUUGUCUUCUAAAGUAAAAAAUUAUUUCGGGGAGAAGCUUCAGGGUGUUAUAAGAAUUCAAUUUGAGGAAGGAGAAGUUGAUAGAUACAAUCGUGUUAUUUCUGUUAUCUUGCAUGACCUAGGUUUGACACUAUUUGUGUAUGCGUUUCAGAUCCUUCAAAAUUCAAAUGGCCAUUUGGUAAAAAUCUAAAAUUCUUACUAUCAUGUUUUUUCUCCUGGAAUCUGAGCAAGCAACAAUGUUAAACAAGCUAAAACUCAUGUAUUCAUGGGCGUCUUCAUUUUUUCCACUUCAGGGACUAAAAUAAACAGUUCAUGUUCGUGGUGUGUGGAGUAGUCAUUGAUUCCGAAGCUUUUCAUGUGUUUCUUCUGUCUUUAUCAAGCUUACUUCUACCUUAGUUUCUUCUGUCUUUAAAAUACUUAUUCAAUUUUCUCAGUUGGUCAAACCAAUGUUAGACUAGAAGAUGAUAAAACAUACUUGACACCAGAAAUUUGAAAUUCAAUAUUGUAAUAAAUCAUACCCUAACCAAUAAUUAGGGGAAAAGCAUGAAGAUAAUACAAUAACAAUCUGUCACCAGCCAGCCACAAGUCCACCCACCAUAACCCCUAGACCCCCCUCCAUUUAGAAUAGAAUGAAUAGAUAAAAAAAAACAGAAUCUGAAAAUUAA